CUUCAUUGGCGUUGGAGCUUCUAUCCAUUGGCUUCCAAGACUCGAUCAUCUGCUCGCGCCGGCGACUUUCUCUCCGGAGCUCAGAUCUGUUCGUGUGCUUCCUCUGUUUCAGCCAUCAUCGGAGGGAUUCUUUGGUGAUAGUGGCUUGCCCUCCAUCAGAGAGCAUCGAUCCAGAGAAUUCAGAUUUCAGAUCUGCAGAAUUUCGAUGCUUGCAAUUCAUUUCUUCAUCAGCUUUUCCAGAAAGUUUUUCUUUGGUGCUGGAGGAGAUUGAACUGAAUUCAGUGAUUGAGAGCUCUUUCGUCAAGUCAGAAGUGAGGUCCUCGUGUGAUAAGUUACUUGAUCUUGAUCCAGAAAUUGAAAGGACUUUCAGAGCUUUGAGAAUUCAAGAAAAAAAUUCAGAGGACUCAGGAAGUUCUUUAUCAUCUUCAGAUACCCCCAUGGCUGAUCAUAGCAGAACAAUGAAGGAGCUUACAGCUCCUGAUGAGGCUUUCAAAUAUUCUUGCAUUACCUAUCCAGACUUGGCAGGAGACUUCGAGCUUAGAUCUGGUUUGAUUCAUCUGCUUCCCAAAUAUCAAGAAUUGUCUGGAGAAGACGCAAAUAGACAUUUGCAUGAAUUCCAUAUGGUGUGUUCAACCAUGAAGCCACAGGGUAUUUCAGAAGAAGAUAUCAAGCUAAAGGCUUUUCCAUUUUCAUUAACUGGAGUAACUAAAGAUUGGUUGUAUUAUUUGCCACCAGGAUAUAUCACUUCUUGGAUUGUUAUGAAGAAGGCUUUCUUGGAGAAAUUCUUUCCAGCUUCAAGGACUGCAAUUAUCAGGAAAAGUAUCUGUGGGAUUCAGCAAGUGGUGGGAGAGACAUUAUAUGACUAUUGGGAGCGAUUCAAGAAAUUAUGUUCAAGUUGUCCUCAACACUAGAUCAGUGAACAGCUACUAGUCCAAUACUUCUAUGAGGGUUUACUACCUAUGGACAGGAGUAUGAUAGAUGCCGCAGCUGGAGGAGCUUUAGUGAACAAGACUCCAGAACAAGCUAGGGAGCUUAUUUCAAACAUGGCAGAAAAUUCACAACAAUUUGGAAGUAGAGCUUUGACAACAAGAGGGGUUGGAGAGGUUCAAAUGGUUUCCAAUGAACAAAAGGAGAUAAGAAGCUCAUUAUUGGAGUUAACAUCUUUGGUGAAGCAAUUGGCAUUAAACAAUGCUAAUCAAGUUUCUAUUUUGCUAAGCACACAGUUUCCGUAUCAAUCAAAGGGAGUUUGUGGCAUUUGUUCAAGCCAAGACCACAAUUCAGAAUUGUGCCCAAAUCUUCAUCAAGAUGAGUCAGUAGCAUCAUUUUCAAGAGCUCAAUUUCCUCAAAAAUAUGACCCCCAUUCCUCUACUUAUAAUCCUGGUUGGAGAGAUCAUCCCAAUUUUAAGUAUAGCAACUCAUUUUAUCAGCAACCAACUUCGAAUCAACAUUUCCAGCACUCUUACCAGCCUGCAAAUCAAUUCCAGCAGCAGAAUCAGAAUUUCCAGCACUCUUACCAGCCUGCAAAUCAAUUCCAGCAACAAUUUCAGCCUUAUCAGCAGUUUCCAAAUCAAAAUCAGCAAUGGCAAUUCCAAAAUCAGGGUGUUCAGCAAGAGCAGAAUGUAAUCCAGAAUGCACUUCCAGCACCUUCAAGAUUAUGUUUGACUCAAGGAAGUUCUAAUAGCUCUUCAAAUUCGGAUACACAACAGAAGAUGGAUGAUUUGAUGCAACAAAUUUUACAGCAACAGCAAUUGUCUUUGCAGCAGCAGCAACAUCAGCAAAGGACAGAUUCAGCUUUGCAAAACAUUGAAAGACAGAUUAGCCAGCUAGCAACGAACAUAAAUCAAAUGCAAGCUUAAGGUUCAAGUAAAUUACCUUCUCAAACAAUGCCAAACCCAAAAAAUGUGAGUACGUUGACUCUUCGAAGUGGAAAAAUCAUAACAGAACCAAUAAAAAAAGUUCCAAUUGGAUCAGAUUUUGUUGCACCAAUUCCGGAUUCACAUUCAAAAGAGUUUGUAUCAAGAAAUUUAAAUUCAGAACCUACUCAACUAGUUCAGAUUAGAGGAAGAAACACAUCAGAACAAACUUCAACAAAUUUUGGUUCAGAAGAACAAGAUGAUUCACAAUCAGCUCCAAAUUCAGCUCAAAAUAUAGAGAGAGAAUCACAAUAGCAAGGUAUUGAGGUUUAUGUUCCAUUACCUUUUCCUCAAAGAAGAGUCCAGCAAAGGAAAAAUAUUGAGGAAGAGAAAGCUAGGGAAUUUCAAGAACUCAUAAAUUUGUUUAGCAAAGUGGAGGUGAAUGUGCCCUUGUUAACCAUGAUAGAACAAGUUCCGAAAUAUGCAAAAUUUCUCAA